CAAAAGAACAAACUUAUCUUUCCUUAUCGAUCUCACAGCUGCGCAGUGUUCCUGCAUUCACAAAAAAGAGAGAAAGAUCCCAAAACACAUAAGGACUUGUGUGCUAUCUUACAAGAUCUCACUGUUGCUAUGUGUGCAGCCCUUUCCCAUCACUGAUCAACUGACCAAUUACAGCCUCACCCACCGCACAGACCCACCUUGGGUAAAUAACUACAGCCCCCACAAUUCUCCGAGCAAACAGCGUUCAGUUAUUUGCGGUGCGCUCCACUUGACAGUGGCUUGCCUGCAGCAAGUGUUAACAAGCGAUACGAUUGUGUACAAUGAGGAUAGACUGAACACAACAAAAUUGCGCCCGCGUGAACUAUGAACGAAUUAGAGAACUAGCAGAAUGGCUGUUGAAGUUUUGCCAGGCGUGUGAACCACUGGACAUCCACCAAAAGCCAGACGCGCAUCAUUAAGCGGUUGCAGACAUGAUGCUCGGGCAGUCACCUCACCUGAUAGGGGGCAUUCUAUGGAUUCAGAAUCCUAUGCGAGCUGUCCACUGCAACCUGAGCCAGAACGGCAUCGACCACCAGGUGUGCUCGGAGGACAUCACCUCUCAGUUGGAGGAGGAGCCUAUCGAGCAGGAGAGCCUGGGAUUGGACGAGGAGAGUAGUCCCACCUUUCCCGAGCGGAGUCCAGCGUUCCAGCGGCGGUCCCCACCCCAGCGGUCUGUCUCAGAAUCAGAACUCUCUAAGCCAGGAAAUGUGAAGCUCUCCAAGCCGGUGGCCCUGUGGACGCAGCAGGACGUGUGCAAGUGGUUGAAGAAGCACUGCCCCAACCAGCACCAGAUCUACAGCGACUCCUUCAAGCAGCACGACAUCACCGGCCGCGCUCUGAUGAGGCUGACGGACAGGAAGCUGGAACGGAUGGGCAUCAUGCAGGAGGCCCAGAGGCAGCACAUCCUUCAGCAGGUCCUGCAGCUGCGCGUGCGUGAGGAGGUCCGCACCCUACAGCUACUCACACAAGCUUCCCUGGAGAGUUCUCUGGAGUGCUCUCCGUAACCUGCGUCCAGUCCUCCGGGAGAACCCCUGGACCACCACCUUAUCCUGGGGCAAUCUUCCUCUUCAACACCCCAACCCACCCCCCCAACCCAUACCACCUCUUCCGCAGACACCACCACCCCCCUUCUCCCCACCUCACCUUCUCAAGAUCUCCUCUACCCAACUAUCUCACUAAUCAACCACAAUAUGACCAAUUGCGCUGAGUUACUGAACCUGACCACAGACUCAAAUCCUCCCAACCUCACCCUCGCCCCCACCCACCCCUAUUCUCACUACUUCAGCCUGAUGUCCGAGGUAUAUUGACUUGAACUUGAGGAAACUACAUUUCCCACAAUCCCCCUUGGCCACACCAGGACAUUGGAACUACUUGGAUGACUGAUCUCAGGAGUCCACCUCCUGACAGACGACCCCCUAUGGAAGGACAUUGCUUUGGCCUGUCAGACGAAUGCCGACCACUGCGUUUCAACCUCUCCCGCAGUCUGUUGAAUAUUUUACGCCGUGCACUUUACUGCCCCAUCACUUCCCUAUCUGUCUGACCGCACCCCACCUCACCGUCACCAGUCCUCCACGGUCCUGUCUGUCUGUCUGUCAGUAUGCGCAGCUGAGCAUGCUGCCUUACAAACACACACUCACAACCACACACACGUACAGACUUAUGUACACACAACGUUCCUGGCAAGGCUAGCUAUAUAAACAUUCAUGCUUACUUACACACACAAACAUAGAUGUAUACAUAUCCAAAAGCUCCUAUAUCUACAGAGACGCACACACACCUCUUAUACACGCAUGCACAUAUUCACAUUCUGAGGGGCCUUCUGACUAAGGUGGGACAGAGAGCGGUGACUUCAAAUGGUUAAAUUCAUUGCUGAAUUCCAUUCCCUCUUUUGUUCCUUGCCCAUUGUUUUGGUCUAUUUUUCUUUCUCUAUCUUCCUCUCUCUCUCUCUCUUUUCCUCUCUCCCUCUCUCUCUCUCUUUCUCUCUGUGUCUGUGUUUCUGGCUUUAUAUGUGGCUUCCAUUAUCUCCUCGACAUACAUCUCCUAUGUAACACAAUGUAUAUCCAGUGAUCUCUGGGUAUUUGGAUAUUUGGAUAAAAGCUUCCUGUCCUCAGAAAGUUUGUUUGUAUGUGAGUAUGUUUGAAUGACUGUCUGUUUGUUUGUUUGUGUGUGUGUGUAUGUAUAUGUGUGUUGUGUUUCUCACCCUGUCUUGUGACAGUAUGUGGUAGGUCUCAUUGUACCCCUUAGCCCCCCCACCUCAAUCCGAACCCACCUGUAUUAUGACUCACAUAUACUCAUACAAACACAUGCACUCAUACACACAUGUACACACACACACACACACACACACACACACACACACUUAUACAUACUGUACAUUCUGUCCUUCAGUGUCAGAGAACCUCACAACUGUGACUCAGACCCAUGUGUCUUAAAACAAAGGACCUGCCCUACCACAGGGGGCGCCAUCACCGUCGAACCUCACAUCCCCUCACACCUUACCCUGCCUGUAAUGGCGGGCAGCAUGGACAAACCACUCCUCGCCCACUAUCUCUCUCUUUCUUUAUUUGUGUAGAGAGGGGGAUGAGGAAGGGAUUGAGAACAACAAGAUAGAGAGAAAAAGAAAAGAAUCGGACAACUCUCUAGAGAUGCUGUUGUACCUUGCUGCUUGCUCACUGAGGAUUAUUUUUAGGUACAGGAUUUGCCAUUAGUAUCAGGAAAAGAAGUAGAGAGAAAGAGAGAGAGAGAAGAAAAAUUAAUAUGUAAAGAAGUGCUGGAAAAAUCUGGCGCAUACUGGACUUUCUGUCAGCAGAGAAAAUGUAUUCAUCCUCCUCUGUCAUAGCUCUCUUAUUUCGAACAAUAUGUAAUAUAUCGCCUAGUGUUAUUGUUAAUGUGAAAAUGGCCUCUCACUGUUAACAAUUAUGGGGGGCUCCUAUUAACUUACUAAGCACACUGAACGUUUUAGGUGACUAGUCCUGUCAUUGUUUAGUCAACUGUGUCUUUUCAAAACACUAAAAGCCACGGGGGCUAGCCCUUUUGAGCCAGUAGCAGACAUUAGGAGCAACACAUUUCACUCAAGCCACUGUAGUAGCAUUGAGAGUUAAAAAUGGGUGUGAACAUCGCAGGACUUCCAUAUGGAGCGGGUGGUGAUGAUGAUGACAAUGAUGAAGUCUUGGAAAAGCUAGGUUUUAUUGAACAAAGCUAUCAGAAAGGGUUGGGUUUAGUGGAAAGUAGCCAAUUUGACCUAACUUGUGAGGACAUCCAUCCAUGGUCUUCAUUCUGGAUGGUGGAUAGCCUUAAUAGAUGCCUUGGAGGGAAAAUGGGCUCCAGACUGCAGGUCACAUGCAGAGAUGAAAAAUAUGGGUUCAGAAAGCUCAGAGUAUGCCCAGCUCUUAGAGUUGACCAUCUGUGUUUGCUAGCCAGCGCAGUGGCUGAGUGAAUGGAUGGGUCAAAAUUGUAGCAUGGCCUUUGCUUUCAAAGCCUGGAAUAUUCCACCUCUGUUUAUUUUUGUUUUGGGUUGGUCCCCCUGCUGAGAAGCAGAAGUCCUGGCUCGGUGUGUUAGCCUAGCGUAGCAUAGCGUAGCUCAGCCCCCUGAACGCGCCAGACGUCACCAGGGACCGGAGCAGUUGCUCAGACGACAAUGUGCGUGUCAUUACUUUACGCCUCAGUGGAGACCUGGUGUCACUAUCCCCUCAUGGGUGUUUAGGGAGGGGGGGGUGCUGGUGGUUUUUGUGAUUAAUGCUGGUACUCUCGGGAAGGGGGAGGGGGCGUAUUCAGUGGAGGGUGUCGUGCCAGCGUAUCUCCCAGAAUUCUCUCUGCCCACAGGGCUGCCAUGGCGACUGUGUGAGCCUCAGCUUGGAGACACCUGCCCCAACCCUGCACCCCCCUUUCUAUAUCAGUCAUAUCAGUAUGUCGUCUUUUUGUUUGUUUGUUUGUUAGUUUGUUUAUCUUUGCUUUUGGGAGCUGCUACUCCUAAGGGUCUCUCUAGCACGUUUUUUGGUCUCGGUGCAGAAAUUGCACACGAGCGUCACUGAUGAUCACUUUAUAUUAUCUUGCACACAUAUACAUGCAGGUACCAUAUUACAGUUACAUCAGGUUGGGGAGACGAGCUCACAGCACACAAAUAAUAUUUUGUCUGAGCGUGAGUCUAAACACAAGCAUGCACUCAAAAAGCCCUAAAGCUCUCCCCAGGUGAGGAGAGUCACUUCUGGCUAAACACGUUGCUUCAGCUGCAGAAAGGCACUCUUUUGCUCUAGUGCCAAGUUGAGUCAUAUAGCUCCAGGUGAAACCAUAUUGAUGAAUAAAAGGGAACAAGGGAUCCACAACGGGUUCUUCGUCUUGGACAAAAGGGAGAGCCUUUGAUAUUCACAAGUGCACAAAAAAACUCACACACACUUACAUACACACACACACACACACACACACGCAGUCACACACACGUUAUUUUUUACAUUAUGUAGUACAGAGGUUAUUUUUACACACAUGCACACCAGACACACAUUCACACACACACACAUACAUUCUUACCCAAAUACCAAGACACUUGACACACUUGACACAUUAUUUAAAAGCACUUAGACUCUCAUUAUUAGAUAUUGUCAGACGUUCGUGCGUACGGUCCCAUGCUCACAGUACACAGAAGGAAAAGAGUUCAACGUUUGCCACUCUGAAAGCAUGUAGCUCUAAAAUCUCUGGUGUUUGUGUGGAUGAGAGGCAUGCAGACCAACCCCGCUCCCCCAACUCUCCCCAGAUAUCUAUAUAGGGUGCCUAACUAUGAGUAUUGAUGACAAUAUUAAUAUGAAUAUUAUAAUAAAUAUUAGUAUAUCAAUAACCUUCA